AGGGUGAGAUUAUUGGCUCGCCACCUGCCGCCCUCUCCAAAGUUUCUACCUAUUUCCUCCAGUAUUCAUCCAGCACUGGGCCGUGUGAACAAAGGCUCGUGCGUUAUAUUGGGUCUAAUCUCUCCGCAUGCUCCUCAAACAUAAACCAACGCGCUGGCGGCCAUGUUCGUCACUUGCCCGUGCUCUACAUCGAACUGCGCCAGUCGGAUCAUCUCCCUCCAGACCAAAUGCAUCGCAAGACAGAGAAAGGUUCAAUCCCAGCGAGAUUGAGCGCGCUGAAGAUGACGUCGACGUGUGUAUUGUUGGCGGUGGGCCCGCUGGGCUCAGCGCUGCUAUCCGGUUCAAGCAGUUGGAAAAAGAGAGGGGAGACGGUCGAGAGAUCCGUGUCGUGA